CCCGAAACCUCGGUUGUUUUGUAAAGGUUUUCCAUUCUGGAAGACUUUGUUAGUCAGCCAUGGAGUAUGAGGCUAAUCCUGACCAUUCAAAGAGGUUUCUACUGAUAUUCGGCUUUGCCGUUGGAUUGUGUACUUUUGGCUAUGGUUUUUUACUCAACCGGACCGAAUUAUCAUACACCUCGGUUAGACUUGGGAAUUCCGUCUACCGGGCAUCGUACGACAGACUCAUAGUUUUACUUGUCGAUGGUUUGGCCUUCGAUUUUGUUCGGAAGGAAUCCGCCACGUACACGGACAAUAUUGUGGGUCACAUGUCCACCAUCAAUCAACUCCUCCGAACCCCAAACGCUAGACUUCUUCACUUCCUUGCUGACCCCCCGACAACUACCUUGCAGCGAUUGAAAGGUCUUGUAACUGGAAGUAUGCCCACUUUCGUCGAUGCGGGUUCGAAUUUUGGGAGUUCCGAGCUAAAAGAAGAUAACCUGAUUCAUCAGUGGACUCAAGCGAGAAAGCAAAUCCGAUUUGUGGGUGAUGACACAUGGAUGGGACUCUUUCCAACCAGCUUUCACGACGCACACCCUUGUCCCUCUUUCAACGUGAAGGACUUGGAUACUGUUGACCAGACCGUCGUUUCAUAUGUUUCCUCUGCAUUGGACAACUCCUCUGAUUGGGAUGUUCUGAUUGGCCACAUGUUGGGCGUUGAUCACUGCGGUCAUACGUACGGUCCGGCACACCCAGAAAUGCGCCGAAAGCUGCGUGAAGUCGAUCAGUUUGUCAGGGUGAUCAUAAACAAGUUGAAUGAGAAUGAUCUUCUCGUAGUUUUGGGCGACCACGGCAUGACGGCGUCGGGAGACCAUGGCGGUGAUAGUUCAGCUGAGCUAGAUGCUGCACUUUUCGUCUAUUCGUCCCGUGGGUUCCAUUCAGCCGGUGAGCAAGGAUUCGGAAACGGAACGGCGCGCAUUGAUCAAAUCGACCUGGUACCGACUCUGGCCUCGUUGACCGGUGUCCCGAUCCCGUACUCAAGUCUUGGUGUCUGUGUUAAGGAGAUCCUGUCACCAGACGUAGAUUUUCGUCAGUGUUUACUGGCGAAUUUUGUGCAGCUCAUAGACUACACACUGACUUACUGCCGUGAAAUCGGACCGUUCCCAAUGGAAAGCGAACUGAAGCAAUUUUUCGCUAACAUGAGCGUUUUGGACAGAUAUGGCAUUUUGGCAGCCUCACAAACCAUAGAUUCGAAUACAAUGGAACACUUGCUCCGCAAGCUACAACAGGCGUUCCGCCAACACUGGACGCGAUUCGACCUGCAGAAGAUGUGGGCCGGUCUAUGUGUGAUGUUUUCGACUGUGGUACUUGCUAUUUGUCCCUCUCAGAAGUCUGAGUUAUCUAUUUUUGGGGUACAGCUGUUCACUGCCAUCAUGCUUCUCCUUGUCCCGACGGUUAACUCAAUCGUUCAACUGUCAGUCAGUAUCCUUGUAUUUGGGUUCGGCUCUGUUAAGUUGUGCGUCGAAGCAUUCCGCAAUUUGAUUUAUAGGUCUUCGCAUCUUAGUCCGCUGAUUCUCGUUGUCUUUUUGGCUGGGAGCCAUUUUUCUAACAGCUUCUUAGUUCAUGAAAUUCAAGUGACUACAUAUCUCGUCCAGACUCUACUUGUGUAUCAUUUUGUUCGAUCUGUGCUACGGGUUCCCGACCAACUUUCCUGGCUGACUUUCACUUAUAUCUCUCCUUCCGUUUUCCUCAUGCUACUAACACGCUUAUCUAGACUUCUCGAAGUUUGCCGUGAGGAAUCUUUCCCAUCUUCCAGCUGUCGCACGAACACAGACCCUUGGAUAACGAAAUCGCUAGCAAAGCUUUCCUUCAGUGAAGCGCGUUCAGUGGUCUUGUUUCGGAUAGUACUGUCAGUUGGCACACUGAUAUCGAUUAUAGCCUUGCAUAAAAGUUGGCUUCGAAAACUGGACCCUUUGUUCCGAAAAUGUUGGGCAAGUAUGUAUCUUCUUCAAACAGGAAUUAUUUUCGCUGGUCUCCUCUUGGUCGGAUGUUGGUUUCUGGAUGCAGCGCAAUCCAUUCAAUCGCAAGUGAAUACUUCAUCUUUACACCUUCUGCGAGUGCAUCUCGCCCGUGGUUUGCUGUUGAUCCUUCUGCUGUGCUUCCUACAUUCAGCAAAGUUGUUGCCAAAGAUUGCGCCUUUACAGAAUGGUGGACGUUUCGUUUCAGCUAUUCCACCCGGUUCGAAUGGCCUGUCAUAUGACCAUCCUGUCUCCGUCUUCAAGACCGGAAACCCUAGUUGCUCGCACGCGUUGGAAAUUUGGACAUGCACUACAUUAGUCCUGUUACCGUUGCUUGGUAUCAUGGUCUUCUUGAACGAAGUUCACAUUCUACCCAUGUUCUGUAUUACCAUCUCGGUUGUGGUCUAUGCCAUUCUUCAUUCGUCUUCUCUGUCUACCGUCUCCGAUCGAACUGAUGUCUCACGUCGUUCCAUACUGGCUGCUUCGUGGCACGUGGUCGUCUUUAUCUGUUUAUUGGACAACCUGUCCUUCUACGUCACUGGACAUCAACCGACAAUAGCAGGCAUUCCGUGGGAGGCAGCAUUUGCGGCCUAUGCUGGUGAUCAUCAGACGCGGGUACUUCCCGCUUUCAUGGUCAUGCUUCACCUGUUCGCUGGCCCAAUUCUGCUGGCACUCAGUUUACCCACAUUUAUCGUGAUUUUCUUCAAACCUAAGUUGGCAGGAGUUUCGAGCUCCGUGGGCGGAUGUUCACUACCUGGGGAAUUGGUGACCGUUCAGCUGGAACUCCUACAUAUCUCCCGUGCCACCGAUGUACUAUUCUGGCGUUUUUUCACUGCAAAGUCAAUUUUGACCUUCGCAUGUGCCCUAAGUGCGUGUUUACUUCGUCGACAUCUGAUGGUUUGGAAAAUAUUCGCCCCUCGUCUUCUGUUCUCAGCUGCAAGUUUAUUGGUUACUGGAGUGGUCCUCACUUUCGUGCGAUUGACGUUUGUUAACUAUGUCUUACGCAUCUAUCACAGACAUCACCUUCGCAUGUGCCCUAAGUGCGUGUUUACUUCGUCGACAUCUGAUGGUUUGGAAAAUAUUCGCCCCUCGUCUUCUGUUCUCAGCUGCAAGUUUAUUGGUUACUGGAGUGGUCCUCACUUUCGUGCGAUUGACGUUUGUUAACUAUGUCUUACGCAUCUAUCACAGACAUCGUUAGCCUAUUUAAACCACCCAUCUUCUGGAUAAAUCAAUGUUUUUUCCCGUUAUCUCAUUGAGCACAGAACUGUGAUAUCCUAUGGAACGAUUCAUUUGUAUUUUUCAUUCAACGCUUUCCGUUGAGUAGCAAUUGUUUUAAGAAUUGGUAUAUGUGUGUUAGGUUUUAAUCUUUUAUACCAUGACUUUUACACUAUAUCUUCGGUUUUCUGGAAUGAGUUCGCUUUUUGUGCAAGCAGCAUUUGCUGCUUGUUCCACAACGCUUUGCUCGAUUGACGGUGUUUUCCGUCUCACUUUGGUGUGGGACAGCUUACGAUGUCAACGUCAGAUGCUAUCAGCCAAACUUACAAACUUGUUAACUUUCGUAACUUGUUGUUGGAUCGAGCCGAAAAUGACCCACUAUUGGUCAGUUUUGGUAAUUUGAGUGGCGUGGAUGAAAACGACUUAUGUUGAAGCUGUUU